AUGCGGCGACCCGUUGGUUCGACCACCGCCAUCUGUGGCACGGCGCUGCCCACCGGCUACCCCAGGCGCCUCGGCAGGCCAUGGCUCCUGCAGCUCCUCCGCCAAAGAAGUGCGUCGCCGCCGCUUCCUGUCUCAAAAGCGGUAUGGCAUCCACUACAGCCGUCGUCAGCAUCCGGCACCGGCUCCACCGCCGCCGGAGGUACCUCCGGCCCCAGAGCCACAGCGGUGGUGCCCCGGCUCCAAAGAUCAGCGGCGGCGGUGCCGGGCUCGAGCCUCUGCGUGGCGACUUCGUUCCCAGACGGGUUCCCUGCCGCCGCCCAUGCAGCGCUUUCUUUAGCUGUCUAUGUCCUCCAUACAAACUUAGGGGUCGGGGCCUGGGCUGGUUUAGCAGCGACAUUGGCAAUAAUGGCUUGCAAUAUUCCACUAACCAGAAUGCAAAAGAGGUUGCAAGCCAAGAUCAUGGUUGCCAAAGACAACAGAAUGAAGGCAACAACGGAAGUUCUUAGAAGCAUGAAAAUACUGAAACUUCAAGCAUGGGAUAUGAAGUACCUUCAGAAGCUAGAAACUUUACGAGGCGAGGAGUACAAUUGGCUAUGGAGAUCUGUGAGGUUGUCGGCUCUAACAACAUUCAUAUUUUGGGGAUCACCUGCAUUCAUUUCCUCCAUAACAUUUGGCUCAUGUAUACUGAUGGGGAUUCCUCUUACAGCUGGAACUGUUUUGUCAGCUGUUGUGACAUUCCGCAUGCUACAAGAUCCAAUUUUCACACUUCCUGACUUACUUUCAGUGUUUGCUCAGGGAAAAGUUUCAGCUGAUAGAGUGGCAAAAUACCUUGAGGAAGAAGAAUUGAAUUGUGAUGCAGUUACACAAGUACCGAGAAACGACACAGACUACAAUGUGGAGAUUGAUCAUGGAAUAUUCAGCUGGGAACUUGAGACUACUUCUCCAACUCUGACAGAUGUAGAGUUAAAGGUAAAGAGAGGGAUGAAAGUGUCUAUCUGUGGAAUGGUCGGUUCUGGAAAAUCCAGUCUAUUAUCAUGCAUACUUGGGGAGAUGCCAAAGCUAGAUGGGACUGUCAGGGUCAGUGGCCGCAAAGCAUAUGUUCCUCAAACUGCCUGGAUCCUGUCUGGGAACAUAAGGGAAAACAUUCUGUUUGGAAACACACAUGACAAGGAAAAUUAUGAAAAAAUCAUACAAGCAUGUGCGCUGACAAAAGAUCUUGAGUUGUUUACAAAUGGUGAUUUGACUGAGAUUGGUGAAAGGGGAAUUAACAUGAGUGGUGGACAGAAACAGCGAAUUCAGAUUGCAAGGUCAGUGUAUGAGGAUGCAGAUAUUUACCUCUUUGAUGAUCCUUUCAGUGCAGUAGAUGCCCAUACAGGAAGCCAGCUUUUCAAGGAUUGUGUAAUGGGAAUUCUUAAAGAUAAAACAGUGUUGUAUGUGACCCACCAAGUCGAAUUCCUUCCUGCCGCAGACCUUAUACUGGUGAUGCAAGAUGGUAAAAUCGUGCAGAAAGGGAAAUUCAAUGAACUUCUUCAACAAAACAUAGGGUUUGAAGCUAUAGUAGGUGCGCAUAGCCAGGCUCUUGAAUCUGUUAUAAAUGCUGAGAGUUCCAGCAGAAUACCGUCAGACAACCAAAAAUCAGCAGACAGUGAGGAUGAGUUCGAUACAGAAAAUGAAACAGAUGAUCAACUUCAGGGCAUAACAAAACAAGAGUCUGCACAUGAUGUCUUGCAAGACAUCAGUGACAAGGGGAGGAUAACACAAGAAGAAGAACGGGAAAAGGGAGGCAUUGGCAAGAAGGUUUACUGGGCCUACCUGAGGGCAGUUCAUGGUGGAGCCUUAGUGCCAAUAGCCAGCAACUAUUGGAUGGCAUGGGCAUCACCUCCUACAACUGCAACCACUCCAACCGUUGGAUUAGGCCUCCUCUUCUCUGUAUACAUAGCACUAUCUAUGGGAAGUGCCCUGUGUGUCUUGUCUCGGUCCUUGCUUGUGUCACUGAUUGGUCUACUAACAUCAGAAAAGUUCUUCAAGAACAUGCUCCACUGCAUUCUGCGUGCCCCAAUGUCCUUCUUUGAUUCCACACCUACUGGUAGAAUUUUGAACAGGGCCUCUAAUGACCAAAGUGUUCUAGAUCUGGAAAUAGCAAACAAGCUAGGCUGGUGUGUGUUUUCAAUCAUACAAAUUCUGGGGACCAUUGGUGUUAUGUCACAAGUGGCAUGGCCAGUUUUUGCUAUCUUUGUUCCGGUGACGGUGGUCUAUUUCCUGUGUCAACACUACUACAUACCAACAGCGAGAGAGUUGGCUCGUUUAUCACAAAUUCAAAGGGCUCCAAUUCUACACCAUUUUGCAGAAUCGCUAGCAGGAGCAUCAAGUAUUAGAGCAUAUGGACAGAAAGAUCGUUUCAGAAAAGCAAACCUUGGUCUUGUUGACAACCACUCCAGGCCAUGGUUCCAUAACAUUUCCGCAAUGGAGUGGCUUUCUUUCAGGCUAAACAUGCUAUCCACCUUUGUCUUUGCCUUUUCUUUGACUCUGCUAGUGAGCCUCCCUGAAGGUUUUAUAAACCCAAGUAUUGCUGGACUUGCAGUGACUUAUGCAUUGAACCUCAACUCACAGCUGGCAUCCAUAAUUUGGAACAUUUGCAACACAGAAAACAAAAUGAUAUCAGUUGAAAGAAUAAUGCAGUACUCGAGGAUCCCUAGUGAGGCUCCUCUCGUUCGAUACGCAGAGCAUCUCCCAUCAGUUUUGAGAAACAUAUCAUGCACAAUUCCAGGAAGGAAGAAGGUGGGGAUUGUAGGACGUACUGGUGGCGGAAAGUCAACUUUUAUCCAAGCACUUUUCAGGAUCGUUGAACCAAGGGGAGGAACAAUCGAAAUCGACAAUGUUGACAUCUUGAAAAUAGGGCUGCAUGAUUUAAGAGGAAGACUAAGCAUCAUUCCACAGGAUCCAACAAUGUUUGAGGGAACAGUUAGAGGGAAUCUGGAUCCUCUGAAUGAGUACCCUGAUCAUCGUGUGUGGGAGAUUUUGGACAAAUGCCAGCUUGGUGAUAUAGUUUGGCAAAACCCAAAGAAACUCGACUCCACAGUUGUCGAGAAUGGGGAAAAUUGGAGUGUUGGGCAGAGGCAACUAUUUUGCCUCGGAAGGGUUCUCCUAAAGCGAAGCAAUGUUCUUGUUCUCGAUGAGGCAACUGCUUCAGUUGACUCCUCCACUGAUGCAAUUAUCCAAGAAACGUUCCGCGAGGAAUUCGGGAAAUGA